UUGCUAUGGAGACGCUACGCUAGUGGCGCAGAGCGGAGUCGCAGAGCCGCUGUGUGAAUAGCGCUUGGCGUGACUUCCUGGAAAAGCAUGAAUGCGAGCAAAGCAUCACCUAAAGGGCUGGUUCAGCCCCACGUCCACUACUCCUUUUUGCAAACGGCGUCGGAAGGGCUGUCUCAGAAUGACUCUGACUCGGAAAGCCUCGCUCAAGAGAUCGAGUACCAGUUGGAGCUCCAGGAACGGAUCCAUCAGACGGAGAAGCUGGUGGACGAAGACAACAGAGACAGCUUGGAAGAAGAUGACAGCUUGGAGGAGGACAGUUUGGAGGAAGGAGGAGAUGGAGGAGGAGAACCAGAUGCAGAAGAAACACCAAGUCCAAAUGGAAAGGAAGAUGGUCUCAAUGCAAGCACAAAGAGAACAGUAGACCAAUACUCUGAAUUACGUUAUAAUCCCAACUGGAGGAAUAAUAACAAAGAGGGGAACAGCUUGCCUGAGUUAGACCACUCGCAUCCGAAAGAUGAAGAAGGCUCUCCCGGUCCUUCUCAGCUCAGGUUUAUGCACACGGAUAACCAACCACAGGACCGUCCUCAGACUCUUUCCCCUGACUUCGAUUCUCAUGAACAUACUACGAGUGCCAGGGAAGAAUCUUAUGGACUAUUUAAUAAAAAAGAAAUCGUUCGCCAUUACCGCCGCAGUCCUGGUACACACAGUGACAGCUUUUCUUCCCAAGUUAAAGAGUGUCAACACAGGCCUGGAAAGGACUUUAUAGAAAAGAACAAACUCACUUUGGGAAUAUCAAAGAAAGCAUCCAAUUCCUAUCUUCUGCUCCAUGGUAAAAAGCAAAGGGAAAUCCAUCAGAAUCAGGCUCACCUGGAUAAAAUGCCUGGGAUGGGCACAACAAACUCCAGCCAAGAUAGAUCCCUGGAAGGCAACCCCUUGAGCAGAAUCCCUGCCCAGCAUCCAUUGGAAGACCGAGUAGAACUAAGAGGGAAGCUUGGCAGAUGUCACAAUAUGGUAGAAUCUGAGAAUGCUCUUCUAGAUUCCAGCUCUUAUACAGAAGUGUCUGAUCUGGAGCCAGACAGAAGACCUUUGUUGCAUCAGAUUUUCUACCCAGAUCCAUCAGUUACAUCCCACUUCACUUCCAGUGAAGAUAACUCCUUUCCUACGGACCCAUCCUGCCAUGUUCAACAGAGAAGCAAGCCACGUUCCAUGAAUUUAGCCUUUGCUAGGAAUCCUCAUCAGCCGAGUUCAUACCAAAACUUUCCAGGGCUUCAUUCACCAAGUACCGGAGAAGAGGAGAAGAAAGAGACCCUACAUGCUCCUGAAAACCCUUCUGGGCCCUGCUACGGAGACCCAUAUAGACGUACUGUUUCCGAGCCUCGGUCUUUCGCUAGACAUGGCAAGCGUCAGAACUUCCUAGGGCACGGAGGUCUCUCGUCUACGUACCACUCUGGCUUCCAACGUCCAGUAAACAAAGAAGCUUCAACUUGGGAUCCCAACCUGAUUCGUACAGAGAAAAACCCAAGCAACUAUGUUUCUGGUCAUUCGGGGCCAUUCCAGCCACCCGCUCGCGACCUGAUAGAAGCCCCUUCUCCGACCACUCGGCUCAUCCAGGCGGCGGAGCGGCGUCACCAGGAGAUCUCUCAACUGGCAGAUGCCCACCUCUCUGGAAACCAGUUUGCUAGCAUGUUUCCAGCCAUCAUACAGAGAGGGGAUAGUGACUCGCGGCUCAACACGGAGAGCUGCGAAGAAAGCCAGCCGGUUCUGAGCCGCAGCAACUCCGAAGGCUACUUGCUUCAGAUGGAAAAACACAAGGAAAGGAAGGAAAAGGAGAAUAAAAAGGGUUCCAGGACAAAAGGCUACGUGAAGAUGGAUGUGAAGCUUGGAGGCCUUGGACCUGACUAUGAGGGAAUCAAAGAGAAAUCUGAAAAGAUAAAGCAGCAAAAGGAAUAUGCCAAGCACGUUAAGGAGCACAACUUGAAGAACAUUGCAAGCACACGCAAAACACUGGCAAAACCAGAAAACAAAUCGACCCUGUCGAGGAAAAAGGCCCUGGAGUAUGCCAAGACCAUCCCCAAACCCAAGCUGUUUGUGUCGAGGCCACCGCUGGAACAAGAGCCCAAAGAGGAAAGACAUUUGGCCCGCACUUUAAACGGAGAGAAUCUCCCUCCCAUUGUGUCUCUGGAAUCGCUGCAAAACAGGCACGAGAAGGAGAAGCAAGUCGUAGCAGCGUUCAAGACCCUCCAUAUCGUAUGAGUUGCCCAGUGUUGUGUUCCCUAAUCUGGACACGGAAAGCGGGAUCCAACAUCUGGACCGUUGGAGGAGAAUUGUUUAAUGAUGAGCCUCAUGAACUUUCAAAACAGAAUAAUUUCCCACAUUGUUUGCACAAUCUCACUUAUUUUUUUGGUCAGAUUUUAUUGUUGAUAAUAAAAGAGUUUAAUACGGAA